GAAGGCGGCGCCCGCGCUGCAGUCGCCGGGCCCAGGCAGCGAGCAUCCUCCCUUCUCCGUUCUUCCCUUCGGCCCUAGUCGCCGCAGCCCCGCGGUGAUGAGCCCCGAGCCAGUCCCGCCGCCGCCCCCCUGUCGUGGCUGCGACUGCGGGGAGCCGCUCGCCCAGCGGGUGGAGAAGGGCGAUGAGGCCUUCCGCGCGGGCGAGUACGAGACGGCGGCCGAGCUCUUCCGCUCCGCGCUGGCCGGCUUGGCGCGGCCCGACCGCGGCCUAUGCCUGCGGCUGGGGGACGCGCUGGCCCGCGCCGGCCGCCUCCCCGAGGCCCUGGGCGCGUUUCGCGGCGCCGCGCGGCUCGGGGCGCUGCGGCCCGACGAGCUGGGGGAGCUGGCGAGCGGCCUGGCGUGCGUCCCGGGCCCGCGCGAGCGGCGGUCGCCGGUGGGGAAGCCGGGCCGCGCCCCCGGGGAGGCGCCGAGCGGGGAGCCGUCGGCCUCGGUGCCCGCGGCGCCUCGGGACCUGCUGGACUGCCCGCGCUGCCAGCGGCUGCUGCACAAGCCGGUGACGCUGCCGUGCGGGCUCACGGUGUGCAGGCGCUGCGCUGAGCCGGGGCCGGGCCGGCCGCCGGUGCGCCGCGUUAACGUGGUGCUGAGCGGCCUGCUGGAGAAGUGCUUCCCGGCCGAGUGCCGGGCGCGCAGGCUGGCGGGCCAGGUGCAGAUCCUGCAACGCCAGCAGCAGCCCGAGGCCGCUCUGCUCAGGUGCCACCAGGCCCUGGACCUCGCUCCUGGUGAUAAUUCGUUAUUGCUGCUGCGAGCAGAGCUGUAUUUAUCCGUGAAGAACUAUGAACAGGCUCUGCGGGACGCCAGUGCAGUUUGUCAGAAUGAACCUCUCCUGCCUAAGGGACAUCACGUGAAAGCUCUGGCUCUUUCCGGACUGGGAAGAAGUAAGGAAGUGUUGAAGGAGUUUCUCUACUGCCUGGCUUUGAAUCCUGAAUGUAACUCAGUGAAGAAAGAAGUGCAGAAGGUAAUGUGUGAGGUGUUUUUCCCUGCUUCAGAAAACGUGCCUCAGAAUUUAACAUCUUCCAUCCAAAGCAGAAUGUUGAACACAAGAUUAACGGCGCAGUGUCAGAACCACAUAAACAGCCAGCCUCCUGUGGAGGGAGGUGGCAGUGCAGGGAGUUCUAAGAAUCCAUCUGAGAAACAGGAUGUAUUUAGAAAUACCAGUUCUUCGGUGUUAUAUUUUAUACUGGGCCUACACUGUGAGGAGGAUAAGGAAGUGUUAGAAAGUUUUCUUCCAGCGGCGCUGAGCACUGGUUUAAAGAGACGGUUUCCGAAUGAUUUGGAGGAUGCGCACGAUGUGAACGGCCCUGGAAAAAUUCCCAAGAAAGAGGCUGAUUCCUCACCCCAAAGGAACGUGAGCUCUAACGUAGGAGAAAGUGCAGAGCUCCUGAUAGAUGUGGCUGAUUUUGAGUGUGCCCUUUGCAUGAGGUUGCUCUUUGAGCCUGUCACUACGCCCUGUGGACACAUGUUUUGCCUAAAAUGCCUCGAGCGCUGCCUGGACCAUGCCCCACAUUGUCCUUUGUGCAAAGAAAAACUCUCAGAAUUGUUGGCAAGCAGAAAUUUUCAUAUAACUACUCUGGCUGAAGAAUUAAUAUUUCGAUAUUUGUCAGACGAACUGUCUGACAGAAAGAGAAUUUAUGAUGAAGAAAUGACGGAGCUUUCAAAUCUGACCAGGGAUGUGCCCAUCUUCGUGUGUGCCAUGGCCUUCCCCACCGUGUCCUGUCCGCUCCACGUCUUUGAGCCCCGCUAUCGGCUUAUGAUAAGAAGAUGCGUGGAAACUGGCACCAAACGGUUUGGCAUGUGUUUAUCUGCAGAGCACGCAGGGAUCUCAGAGUACGGCUGCAUGCUGGAGAUCAAGGACGUCAGGACGUUCCCCGACGGCAGCUCCGUCGUGGAUGCCGUCGGGAUUAGCCGCUUCCGGGUUUUGAGCCACCGUCACAGAGACGGCUACAACACGGCAGAUAUUGAGUAUCUGGAAGAUGAAAAGGUGGAAGGUGCAGAGUACGAAGAGCUCACCGCCCUGCAUGAGUCAGUUUAUCAGCAGUCUGUGUCCUGGUUUGCUUCACUUCAGGAUCACAUGAAAGAACAGAUCUUAAGCCACUUUGGGUUAAUGCCCGACAGAGAACCUGAGCCUCAGAGUAACCUUAGUGGUCCUGCCUGGUCCUGGUGGAUCCUGGCAGUGCUGCCGUUGGAGCGGAAGGCUCAGCUGGCCAUACUCAGCAUGAUCUCGCUGAAGGAGCGUCUGCUCGCCAUUCGGCGAAUAUUAGCCAUCAUCACGCAAAUCUGCCCACUCCCAGCCCUGGGGCCAACCUCAGUGCCCUCUUGUGGGCCCCCCUCCAGGCCCAGUGACUAUGUCAGCAGACUAGAGCCUGAGCCAAUGAAUUUGGUGAAACCAUCUAAGGAUGUGGAGGUAUGAAAAAAUCUGUCUCCCUCACUCACCUGCGUGUGCUCAGAAUGACUGUUGAAUCAACAUGUUUAAGAAGGGAAAGGCAGGGCUUCCCUGGUGGCGCAGUGGUUGAGAGUCCGCCUGCCGAUGCAGGGGACACGGGUUCGUGACCCGGUCCGGGAAGAUCCCACAUGCCGCGGAGCGGCUGGGCCCGUGAGCCAUGGCUGCUGAGCCUGUGCGUCCGGAGCCUGUGCUCCGCAACGGGAGAGGCCACAACAGUGAGAGGCCCGUGUACCGCAAAAAAAAAAAAAGAAGGGAAAGGCUUAUCGUUCUGGAACAGACUCCUUUUUAUGUUCUCGAGGCUUCUUUCAGCAUGAGGUCCCAUGUGUCAGUCAGGAUAGCCCACGAUGCUACAGUAACAAGCACACCCCCAAAUCUCUUGGUUUUCAGAUGGUAAAGGUUUAUUUUUUUUACUUCCAUGACAUAUCUAUGAAUGGUGGGCACCAGGGAUGCAUGGCCCAGAUCCCCUUCAGUGCGGGACUGGUGGCCUGCUGCUGGGAGAGUGUUUUGCUGUCAGCCCCUUCAGGUGACACCUCACACCAAGUCUCAUCCCUUCCCAGAGAAACUCACAUUCCGUAGUUGAUCAAAGUGAUAGCAUAAAGGGUGCAGCCAUCCCAGCCCAACAUAGGACAACUCAGAAGGGUCCUUUUAGCUCCUGAGUUCCCUGUGAGCCCAGCAGAGGCUGCUGUUGCACCUGCAGUCUGGCUGGACUUCCCCCUUCCUGCCUGAGGUGGGACUCUCACAGGUGUUAUUUCUAAGGGCACGCUUUAAUAAAUAUCCUGCAGGAGGAACUCUUGUCUUAGAGUCUGCUUCCCUAGAGCCAGCCUGCAGUGGUUUAAUACCAGGAGUGGGCCAAGAAAUCAAGUGAUCAAGUGGGGUUUUGGAGUUGGAUUACUCACCACUUUCUGGCAGUAACUCCCCAUCACUGGCCAUAGGGCCUCUUGCAUGAAGUCACCAUCUAAUGGUUAAAACUUGCACUGGUGGUGAACUGGGAUGGUGUACUAGCAGAAGGAAAUGCACUAGUUCACGCAGGGUGUCAGGCCUUUGAGAAAUGCGUGUAAAUAGUUACAAGGACAGUGGAAUUGGGUAGUUAUUGCUAAGACUGAUCGAUGCUCUAGAAAAAGAUAAAAAGCUAUGAAGAAUUUAUCACCAAUCAAAAGCCCUGGGAAAUUUUGAAUACCCAGGUUCCCCUGAACCUUCUGAAGCUUAGAGAUGAUGCCAGGGCUCCUUCCUGUAGGGCGAACACCAUGGGCCUUUCAGAAUCUACCCCCACCUACCCUCCUGGUCACUAAGCUUAUAACUGGGGUUAAAUCACAAUAAAACCCACGCAUAGACGUUCUAAGCCUGAUUAGGGGUAGGGGAGAGUGCUGUAUCCCAGAGGAGCGACAAGACCUCGCCCAUGGGUACCAGCAGAAGGCAGAAGACUGUGCCUAGGGUGGGAUUCUGUAGGUACUUCAUCAAAGGGUCUGGAACAUGAAGUUGAGUAAGAGAGAGCUGGGUGAUGUGGGUGCAGUCUCUUGGGACUCCGUAUCUGUCUAACACACUGGGAGGGCUCCAGGAGAUGGGAGAAUGCCCUGGUGAAAGGGGGACCAGAAACCCUAAAAUCCAGCCCAGAGCUGAUGUGGGAAAGUGCAUUACAGAACCCAGCCCACUCAUGGCCCUCGGGAUUGGAGAAUUCCCGAGCAAGAGAGGCCAAGUGACAGACAUAACUGCCAGAGGCAGGUGAGGCGUCACAGUGGAGGGAGGGGUGCUGCUGACCCACACGUGGGUACCAGAAUGGUUAUUACAGCAAAGUGUCCCUGGGCAGAACAGACGCACAGCCGCCAAGGGAGCUGCUCCGUCCGUACCCCUCAAAGAAGUCAAGGAGCUGGGACCAGGAGGUCAAGGGGAGUUACUCCAACAGAAAAUUCACAUUCCUUUGCCCAGUUUCCAUAUCUGAGUCAGUUUCAGACCCAGAACCCACUGCCUGAAGAAGAGACCAGAUCCCCAGGAGGAAGGGGACGGUCACACCAUGGUAAGUUUCUCUUGGGCCUUCUGCAAAGGUCCCUUCAGCCAGUCGUUCAGCUACCAGUGCACCAGGGGAAGAGGAAUAUUUCACAUUUCGAAGACUCUUGGACAUAGGAUCCAGGUCUCUAUUGUUAUCCAGGCACAUGAAACAUCAUCCUGGCACCCCUGUUAGAGUGGGGUGUAUGCAGUCCUGGUCAGGACCUAGCUCCCUCUGGGUCCAUUGGUUCACAGACUCACCAGCCCGGGCGGUCCUUUCCCUGGUCCCUGAAUGUGUAAUCAGAACAGACCUACUUUAGGGUCUUUGGCCUGAGAGGUAAGAGCUGUCAUAGUGGGGAGGGGCAAGCAGAAGCCUCUGAAACUAUUCCCCCCUUCCUCAGCCAGAUGGUGAAUGGAAACAAUACUGCGUCCCAGUGGGAUGGCAGAAGUUAGUGUUAAGUAUCAAAAGGUUGCAGAGGUAGUGAUCCCACCAUUUCUCCAUUUAAUUUACUCGUCUAGCCCUUGCAAAAUCCCAGUGGAUCCUGGAAAAUGAGAGUAGAUUCUCCUAAAUUCAACUGAGCAUUCACCCGGGUCGCAGUCUGCCACACCAGAUGUUAUGUCUUUGCCAGGAUAUAUUAACUUAUUUGAGGCAAAGGGUGUACAGACAUAGAUUUAGCAAAUGCAUUUCCUAUGAGAAAAGAGGCAGUUUGCGUUCACAUGAAACAAAUACAUACACUUACAGUUUUGUCCCAGGACCAGUGUUGACCCUUCUGCCCACCGUCACGAUAUAGUCUGAAGAGACCUGGAUCAUCUGGAAGUUCUGCAGAACAUCUCAUUAAUCCACUGCACCACCUGAUACCGUCCUAACCAACCUGGAUUAGCAAGAAGUGGCCAGUGCGUGGAAGGCCCGGGUGGUAGAACGUGCAUUGCAGAGGGCGGGAGAUAAACCCUACGAAGAUUCAGGACCUGCCGCCUCAGUGAAGCUUUUCAGGGUCCAGUGGCGAGAGGCAUGCAGGAACAGGAUAUCCCACCCGAAGGAAAGGACAGACGAUCGCCUCGUGCACCUCCCACCAUGAAGAAAGAGGCACAGCAUCUUGUAAGCCUCUUCAGAUUUGGGAGGCAGCGUGUUACAUGUCUGGGGAUUCUGCUCCAACCCACAUAUGAGAUAAAACAAAAAGCUGCUGACUGGCGGCAGCCCAGGCUGUGGUACAAGGACCCCUGACGUUUGCAGCAUGUAACCUGGCAGGUGUAUCGCUGGUGGGAAAGGAGCUGUGUGCUUCUAUGGACAAUCACAGCACAUGCCCCUUUGCCUCUGCAGAGCAAUACUGUGCCUCUUCCACUUUUAAGAAACACUCCUGGUACCCUGCGGGGCCCUGGUGGAGACGGGACCCUUGACCAUGGGCCGUAAAGUGGCUGUGCAGCCACAGAUGCCCUUGAUGAGCUGGAUUCUGACACACGCCCCCAGGACAAGGCUGGGUGGGCCCCCAGGAUCCAUUUUAAGAUGGAAGUGGUAUAUCUACAGUCUCACAUAAGCCAGAGCAGGGGGGACAGCAAACUACACAACUCGUAGCCCAGAUCUCUCUAUCACCCACAGUUCUUGCUCCAGGGCAGCUCAUCCGUUCCUUCCUGUGACUGGGAAAUUGUGUAUGACCAGACGAAGGAGGAAGAGAAAGUCCAACUCUAGUUCAUGGUCAGGUGGGCUUGGUACAUAUGUGGACGCUGAAAAUAGAUGGCAGCUGUAUACACCCGCAAUCAGGGGUGGUCUUGAAACGGUAACAAGGCAAAAAAUCACACUCUUAAAUCGGAGCUCUGCAGGUUGAGAUGUCUUGGUUCCCAAAGGUAGACUUCUGCCUGGGAACAUGUGAGACUCAUUGAAUUACAAGCUGCCAUCUUCAUCUGGGCGUGUCAGAGUCACCGGCAAGCAGGAAGAGGCACCAUCCUGAUGGGGGUAUGUGCCCAGAAGGACGAGGCAGGGCUGCUGCACACUGGGAUGUGUGAACCCGGGUGAUGCACGGGCUGCCACGUGGGCCUCUUGCUGAGUGUUGAUGGUAGAUGAACAAGCAACAACUCCAGCCUGAGAAGGGCAUGUAGACCAGCGUUCAUACUUCGCAGAGGUGAGGUUCUGAGUCAUCACAUGGAUUAAGCCACUGAGACCAGCAAAGGUGCUAGCUGAGGCGAGGGGAGCCUGGAACAGAUGGUCCAGAAGGGGGAUAGUGUUAUCAGCUGUGGUCUUGAAACCAGCAACAGAGGCAUCCUAUUAACCUCCUUUUAAGUGUCCCCCAGGAAGAUGAGGAGGCCCCCGGGAAUCUUGAAGGAGCUGCUUCCAGAACAUAUAUGAAGAGAUGUGUCCAAGAGGCACAGAUCGGUUUAUUGAUUAUUUCCACCAACAACCUCAGAACUGAAAGAUAAUUCGUGGUACUUUGUGACAGAACAAUAGGAAACUUGGACACUCCAGAAGGGCUGUUUUUCUAGGACCUGGACCACCCCCUUGCCAAUCCUCUUCAGCAGGAGGGGGCAGUGACAGCUCUGUCAUGAGAGAGAGAGGAACUCCCCCCCCCGCCCCGGUUCUUCAAACCAAAGGUUGCCAUGGAGAUGCACAGUAGACUUGACACUGUCAGGGGUCCCUGUUUCACAUGAAGCCUCAGAAGCCGACUUUGGAAAACACAGCGAGUGACUGGCCAUUGUUUCAGACAGCAGAAGAAAAUGAGAGGCAGCGGAGGAAACGGUAGCAAGUAAUAGAUUCAUUCCUCUUGCAGCAGUAACAUCAGACCAGACUGUGAAGCUGUAGGUCAGAUGCUGAGUGCCUGGGCCGUGGCUUCCCUAGGAUGCCCACAACACGGGCAGCAGCACAGGAGAGCAGGUCGAGCUGUGUGUCCAGAUCCCUCCCCGUUUGUUUCUUCACCUCUUCAAGACAGUUUCAGAAAUGCACUUCUGAGAAAAGAUCUUAUAUCCAGUAAAACUCUGCGGAGCAAAGACAAGCAAUUAGCAAUUGGCAUAAACACAGCCCUGGCAAUAAGCAGUAAGUAGCAGGACCCUUAGAAGCUCAGCUUACAGCUGAGGGCCACCAGGUGGAUGCUGUGGCCACAGCCAGGGCCUUGGAGCCGGAGGAAGGGAGGGGGACGAGGUGGGGGGACACCCAGUUUGCACCAGAGCUGAUUGUAUGGUGCUUUCCUGUGCUUUCUGGCUGCCCACCUCUGGACACAGCUGGGCACACCCUCAACUCCAGCUGCUGUUCACAUGAAGGGAGGCUCUGAGAGGCCCCCAGGCCCCUGCCGAGACUGGAGCCAACAGGAGACUAAAGCUACAUCAAAGCAAGAUGUAGCACCCAAGUACGUGGUUAUAUUACAGGACUGUUUUUAACUCUAACGUGUGGCAUUUUGAGCCGUAUCUGUGCAAGUUAGUGAGGGGGUGCUUGUGGAAGGGCAGGGAUGGGGGAGGAUUGGACUCCUGCAAGGACCUUCUCUAAUUCAGUGGUUCUCAAGGUGUGGGCCUGGACCAGCAGCUUCAGCACUGCCAUCUGGGAGCAUAACUCAUCUCAGCUUAAUUUACAUCCCCCAGCAGGAAGAGGGAAGGUUUUCUCCUUGCCCAGCAACAACCUAGCCAAUGAGAAACCACCUAACGCUCGCUCUCCUCCAAUGAACUUUCAUUCAAAACAGCUCCUCCCAACUUCCCCCGUCUCUUCUAUGAAAGAACGCUCCUCUCCCGUGUCCCCCAGCCUUGCCCGUGGUUCACCAUGGUGUGCAUGGCCUGAAUUGCAAUUCCUCUGCUGUUCCCGAAUAAACUCAAUUCUGCCACCUAAACCACCUAAAACACCUUGCAUGUACUCUAACUGGCAUGUAGCCUAAACAAUAAGAUGUUUGCCCAAGUUGUUUUAGAGGAACUCGGAGUCAGCUGUGUCUAGUUUGAGCUGAGCUGGUUGAGACCGGAGUAGACCACCAAGCCUCCAACUGGACGGGUGCGAGUGUCCACUCAGUGACCUUUUGGUGUCAGAGGGCCCCAAAUCCCACCCUCAGAUGUGUUAAACACCUCAGUUUUCUAAACGUACAGAGGCCUGUAGCGUAGUCACACCUGGGCAGAAGGAUGAUUACUGCACCUUUUUCCAAUCGCCUUUCCCCAUACCCCCAAUGCCCCUCAUGUCUCAGACCUGCCCUACUGCUUUAUACUUGAUCCCAUAAACACCCCUUGCUUUCGGGGCCUGUUCUCCCUUCUCCUCCCUUGGCUGCCUCGUGAAUAAACCCUCUCUUCGUUGCAAACCUCCGGGUCUCACCAUUUGGGCUGGCUGCCUGUGGAGCAAGACGAGCCUGCUUGGGUAACAGAAUUGGGACCUGAAGACAGAUAAGACAGGUCUAACUCCAGAACCCACAGGCUGAGAUGAUGGAGCUCUUGAAUGACGCUGCUCCCUCAGCAACCUGUGUCAGCCUCCUGGAUUACAAUUGUCUAUACUUUUUAUUUCCCUGCCCUGGGCUCUUCAAAGGCAGGGACCCAGUCUUUUUUUUUUUUUUUUUUUUUUUUUUUUGGUGGUACGCGGGCCUCUCACUGCUGUGGCCUCUCCCGUUGCGGAGCACAGGCUCCGGACGCGCAGGCUCAGCGGCCAUGGCUCACGGGCCUAGCCGCUCCGCGGCAUGUGGGAUCCUCCCGGACCGGGGCACGAACCUGUGUCCCCUGCAUUUGCAGGCGGACUCUUAACCACUGCGCCACCAGGGAAGCCCAGGGACGCAGUCUUAAUUCAUCUCCCCAGUAUGUGCACAGAGCUCUGCUUUAGGCUCUCAUAGA